CGACAGCGCCGGUCCCGAGGGGAGGAGGGAGCGGCGGCGGAUUGAAAAUGGUCUGGGGCGGUAGAGCGCGGGACGGGGCAGCGGGGCGAGUGGUUUCCUGAGAUCACACUUCCUUUGGGGUAUUGUAGAAAGACAGUUAUGGCUGUCCCUCACUUACAACAGCCUAGCUUCCUAUUGGCCAGUUUGAAGGCAGAUUGCAUGAACAAGCCCUUUGCUCAGAGGUGUCAUGAUCUGGAGAUAGUCAUUGAAGAUUUUCCUGCCAAGGAACUGCAUGCCAUCUUCCCAUGGCUAGUGGAGAAUAUUUUUGGUAGUUUGGAUGGCAUUAUCAUAGGUUGGAAUCUUCGCUGUUUGCAUGGAAGAGUGAAUCCUACAGAGUAUGCUAUUGCGCUGGAUUUCCUGGAUCCCAGUGGCCCGAUGAUGAAGCUGGUUUACAAACUCCAAGCUGAGGAGUACAGAUAUGAAUUUCCAGUCUCCUAUCUUCCAGGCCCUGUGAAGGCUUCAAUGCAAGAACGAGUCCUACCAGAAUGCUCGCUAUACCACAACAAAGUCCAGUUCCCUCCAUCUGGAGGCCUGGGCUCGAACUUGGCCCUCAAUCCUUUUGAAUAUUACAUGUUUUACUUUGCAAUAAGCCUUAUCACACAGAGGAACUCUCCUACCACCCAUCAUGUCAGCCCUUCAAACAGCGCUUACUUCAGUCUGGUGGACACAUACCUGAAAUGGUUCCUUCCUACAGAAGGAAGUGUUCUUCCUCCACCUUCUUCCAAUCCUGGCGGGGGCAUCCCUUCACCUGCUCCUAGAUCCCCAGCAGUGCCUUUCACUUCUUAUGGCAUACACCACACUAGUCUACUGAAACGGCACAUUGCCCAUCAGCCUUCAGUGAAUGCUGAUCCUGCUUCCCAAGAGAUCUGGAGAUCAGAAACAGUGCUUAAAGUUUUUGUUGAAAUGUGGCUUCACCAUUACUCACUGGAAAUGUAUCAGAAAAUGCAGUCCCCUCAUGUCAAGCUGGAGGUUCUCCACUACCGACUCAGUAUCUCCAGUACACACCACAGUAGUCCUGCCCAAUCCGGCUACCAGGCCCUCCACGCAUACCAAGGAAGAGGAGAUCAGAGAUUGCAUGGCUGUACCCCAAUGAGAGAGGAGUCAUUUAAACCUACAGAAGAGCAUGUGUUAGUGAUAAGACUGCUCGUGAAGCAUCUACAUGCUUUUGCCAACAGCCUGAAACCAGAGCCACUCUCGCCCUCAGCCCAUUCCCAUACAGCCAGCCCACUGGAGGAAUUCAAGAGAGUUGUGAUUCCUCGGUUUGUCCAGCAGAAGCUCUAUAUCUUCCUGCAGCAUUGUUUUGGCCACUGGCCUUUGGAUGCCUCUUUCAGAGCUGUCCUGGAGAUGUGGUUAAGCUACGUGCAGCCCUGGAGAUAUGCUCCUGAGAAACCACUUCAGAGUUCAGAGCCUCAGCCUCGCAGUGUAUCAGAGAAAUGGGCUCCCUUCAUUCAAGAGAACUUACUGAUGUAUACCAAGCUAUUUGUAGGCUUUCUGAACCGAGCUCUCCGCACCGAUUUGGUCAGCGCUAAAAAUGCCCUGAUGGUGUUCCGAGUAGCCAAGGUCUUUGCUCAGCCCAACCUAGCUGAAAUGAUCCAGAAAGGGGAGCAGUUAUUCCUGGAGCCAGAACUUGUUAUCCCUCACCGUCAACACCGAAUUUUCAUGACCCCCACUCUUGGUGGGAGCUUCUUGUCAUCAUGGCCUCCAGCAAUCACAGAUGCCUCAUUUAAGGUGAAGAGUCAUGUUUACUGCUUGGAAGGACAGGACUCCCAGUACAAGCAGAUGUUUGGUCCAGAAGUCAGGAAUUUGGUAUUAAGAUUGGCCCAGUUAAUAGGCCAGGCCAAGCAAACGGCAAAAUCCAUAUCAGACCACUCUGCAGAGACCAUGGCUAGUCAGUCCUUCCUAUCCUGGUUUAGGUUCAGCCCGUCUGACAUGAAUGGUUCCUAUACAGGCAAUGACCUAGAUGAAAUUGGGCAAGACAGCAUCAAGAAAACAGAUGAAUAUUUGGAGAAGGCACAGGAGUACCUAUGCCAGAUCUUUCGGUUGAAUGAAGCGCAGCUGACCCAAAUGAUGAUGAAUUGUGGAGCAGCUCAGGAUGAGAAUGGAAAGAAGCAACUUCCAGACUGCAUUGAGAGUGAGGAUGGACUAAUUCUUACGCCUCUUGGCAGGUAUCAGAUCAUAAAUGGCUUACGGCGGUUUGAGAUCGAGUACCAGGGAGAUACUGACCUUCAGCCCAUUAGAAGUUAUGAAAAUGCCACUCUAGUGCGACUGUUGUUCCAGUUAUCCUCAGCAAUUAAUCAAAGGUUUGCUGAUCAAAUGGAGAUUCUCUGCUCCAGGGAAGACUUUAUUGGCAGCUUGUGUCGCUAUCAUCUUACCAACCCAUUCCUUGCAGAGAAGGGCAGGCACAGCCCAGCACUGAAACAAAGAUCAGGACGUUCUCGGCGACCAAGGAUCAGUCUGAGAUUUCUGGCUAGCUACAGGACUCUUCUUUCUUUGUUCAUGAUGUACUUCAUUGCAUCUUGGUUCUGCAUUGGACCACUGGCCUGCACAUUCAUUAUUCUCCUUGGGUAUCUUCUUUAUGCAGUAGUAAUGACUUUCUUCACUGAAAGGUGGAAACCUCAUCAACACUAAUUUUUCCCUUCAGUGUACAUUGUAAAACAAACUUUUUAAGGAUAAAAGUACAGUGCUUCGUGAUUAAAAGGCUUCGGCAAAGGAUCACUUCAAAACUUUUAAGUGUGUUUUUUGUAUUAAAGUUGAGCCAGAGGGAUGGGUUUGUGGUUGGAGAAACCGCUGUAAUCUGUGUAAAUUCUCUUUUGAUAAACUGUCUUUUCUAUACAGUUUACUGAAUGUGCGGAAUGAGAGACACUGCUUGUGGUUUGGGGAACAACCUCCAAUAGUUGUGGAGCUGAAAUGAACAGCCCAAAGUAGCUAUGGGAAACUACACAUAAAAACAGCUCUAGAUUUGGCAAUCUAUCCAUAUUGCAGCUUUUUACUUUUUCCACUUAAUUUGGGAAUUGGCCAUUUUGAGCUGCUUUCUGCAGGUUUUAUAUCAUGUUGCUGGGGAGGGGGGUUUCAGGGUCACAAAGGCAAUAGUAGCCACAAAUCAUGAGUUCUGGCCACAAAGCUGAAUCCCAAAAAAUCAGUAGGACAAAAAUGACAUGAUUAGCAUAAACAAGUUUUUGGCUUAAAUUACCAGAAAACUGGGGGAAAUUGGUAAUAAUGGUUUGGCUCAGAAACAGGAGAGGGGAGUUGCAUCUUGUUGCCAGAUACAUAUGAUUGCUUUGAUUUGCAAAAAAAUUGCAUUAUAAAUAUUUCAAAGUACCAGGAAAGGUAGAGGAGCUGGCAGCUGAAAUCCCAUAGCCUAGCACAGGGACUAACUCUGCAUUCCCUUUUCUGAACCAAUACAUACUUGUUGUCUUCACUGGUCCCUGUCUUUUCAAAAUGAGGAACUUUCCAUGUUUCCUGAUAACUGCAUUUCCAACUUAUGUUUACCAAAUCCAGUGAACCUUUCACUCAUCUUGUUCAAUCAAAUUUCUCUUUGUGGUACAAGUUUCUUCUUUUGAAACCGUGUAUGUAAAUUAAAGUGCUCGCUUGAUUUAUUUUUAAAGCAAA